AGAUGAUGAUGAUGUGAGCACGUGGGGGGUGAAAUAAAUCAGCUGGAACCCCAUUCACUGGCUUUAUAAGGUGCAAAAGUGCAAACGUGGACAGAAGUGGGUUUUUAGCUUUUAAAUCUGGACAGAAAAGAACUACGGGACGUCUUGUUACCAAGUGCCAAAUGCCGAGACUCGAGGACCGCUGUUGGAGCUGCACCGGGGUGAAAGCGAAAGAUUUGACAGAUUUGUGGAUCUGGAUGGCUUUGAAAAUGGGUGAAAUGAUGUCCGUGGUCACGUCAGUGCUGCUCCAGCUUCGCUCUGCUAACUUAAUCCGUCGUGGACUUGUGUUAUUUGCUGUCGGCGUGUUAUUAGCCUUAGUGCUUUAUUUCCUGCAAAUACAACGCAAGGAUGCUUUAUUGCCCGGUGAAGUGCUGGACACUUUGUUUUCUUCAGCUUGGUGGAUUCCUCUGUGCUGCGGAACAGCUGCCGCUGUGGUCGGUUUGUUGUAUCCGUAUCUGGACAGCCACCUCGGAGAGCCGCACAAGUUUAAGCGCGAGUGGGCGAGUGUCAUGCGCUGCAUCGCCGUGUUUGUCGGCAUCAACCACGCCAGUGCCAAGCUGGACUUUGUGAAUAAUGUGCAGCUGUGUCUUACCCUGGCGGCUCUAUCUCUGGGUCUGUGGUGGACGUUUGAUCGCUCCAGGAGUGGAUUUGGGUUGGGUCUGACCACCGCCUUCUUCGCCACACUCAUCACACAGCUGUUAGUCUACAACGGCAUCUACCAGUUUCCGUCUCCACAGCUGGGCUACGUUCGCUCCUGGCUGCCCUGCAUCUUCUUCUCUGGAGGGGUGACGGUGGGGAACAUCGGCAGGCAGCUAGCCAUGGUUACGAAUGAGAAACCUCACAAUGACUAGCGAGCAGCAGGGAGGGACCCUGAAUACUACAGUGAGGAGGAAUGAGACGCUUCCUGUUGCAUUUCCACUCUAAUCUCAUAAGAGAAAAUGGCGGGCGGGCCAUGUGUGUGUGUGUGGACACAAGGCUGGACUACACAGAGCUCAUCGUUGACUCAUGGCGACGGUGUGUGAGAGACUUUUACUUCCUGUCACAGAUCCAGUGGCUAAAUCUGUACAGUAUUUUUUCCCACUAAGCCCCGUCUCUCUCAUCUUCCUAAAACCCCGCCCCUUUCCAAAACUCUACUGCCAUAUCCGUCUGUUUCCGCCUCCUCAUCAUCCACGUGCCAUCCACGUGACUCCACCCCUGCCUGGCUCUGCCCCCCUUUAAAUGUUACAAUCAGGAGUUUUCACUCCAGAAGUUUCUUGCGAUGUGAUUGAGGAUUCGCGGCAAGGAUUUCGGACUCACGGAGGGAUUUGUGAACUCCUGACCUUGUCAUCGCGGUUACUUUGUAAAAGAACUCCGUGCAGUUAUGUAGCACAACUGGGUUCAGUUGUUCACUUCUACAGUGUGUUAGACUCUAAAGUGUGUGUGUGUGUGUGUGUGUGUGUGUGUGAGCUAUAUACCGAAUUCUGAAGGAGAAAAUAUGAGUGCAUUAAUUGUGUGUGUGUGUGUGUGUGUGUGAGUGUGUGAGAUGGUGGCCAAAAUACUUGCUUGAUUGUUUGGAUUUUUGUGCUGGAAAAUGACGAAAGGGAAACGUUUCAAGGCUGCACAAAAAAUGUCCGCCAUCCAAACAAGCAGCACGGACUUUCUCUAAUAAUCUUGUUGUUAUUAUUAAUAACAACUAGAACUAGUGUUACUUUACUGCGAGACUUGUUUGCCAAAUGAAAUUUGUCCACUUCUACACGACGUGUCGCCUGAUGUCGAUCAGCCUGCACGUACACUUCGCUUUUAUGAAGGUUCCUUCGAUUGGUUUGUAUUGCAGCCUUGAAGAUUUUGCAAUCCGUGAUUGCCUUUUGUAUUAUAGAACGAGUGCUUUUGUCACUUUUAUGUUUUUUUUUCCUUCUUUUCAUCCACAAUUGUUUUUUUGCUCACCGCAUGUUAAUCCAUUCUUCGUCUAAUCGCACAAAAAUAACGUGCCGUGUUUUCCAGGAUAACUUGAUUCAAAUUCACUCUGGGCUCUGCCCACACGGGCUCUGAUUGGCCAACGUGGUUGAGGUGUGAUAUAAAUACAUACGUUAUAUUUCCAAAAGUUUUGGGACAUCUGCCUUUACAUGCACAUGAAUGUAAUAUGGAGUUGUCCCACCCUUUGCAGUUUCAGCUCUUCUGGGAAGGCUUUCCACAAGGUUUAGGAGUGUGUUUAUGAGAAUUUUUGACCAUUCCUCUAGAAACGCAUUUGUGAGGUCAGGCAUUGAUGUUGGACGAGAAGGCCUGGCUCGCAGUCUCCGCUCUAAUUCAUCCCAAAGGUGUUCUAUGGGGUUGAGGUCAGGACUCUGUGCAGUUCCUCCACACCAAACUCACUCAUCCAGGUCUUUAUGGAGCUUGCUUUGUGCACUGGUGUGCAGUCAUGUUGGAACAGGAAGGGGUCAUCCCCAAACUGUUCCCACAAAGCAUGAAAUUGUCCAAAAUGUCUUGGUAUGAAGCUGAAGCAUUAAGUAAGGGGUUGAGUCCAAGCCCUGAAAAACAACACAUUAAUUCAAUGAUUUGAAGGGAUGUCCCAAAACGUUUGGCAAUAUAGUGUAUAUAAAUAAUUUGUUGGCAAGACUUUGCAAGUAAUUGAGAUUCAGGCAGCUGCUUUCGGUACUGUACAGCUUUUCCUAAACUGUAUAUAUGUUUAUAUAUAAUUAAAAGUUUAGAUCAGAUCUGAAGCUCGUCAGCCAAUCAAAACGAGAGAUUCCUCGUCCUCGCUGCAUAACACGUUUCUAACAAGAGUUUCCGCCUUCUGUUUCCGGAAAAUACGGCACUCUGGGAACUUGAGGAAAGAUUUGAAGUGCAAUCAGUUCUAAUGAGCCUUGAUAUUUAUUUGCGAUUUGUCGUGUGUCAUUAAAAGGAUCGUAUGCAGUACAAAGAAGCAAUAACUCGCCUUCAGACCGAUUACAAUGACACCAAUGACCACUUCUACUGUUCAGAGGAAGAAGAAAAAAAGUGUGUAUGUUGUCACGUUUUACCUGUCAAGUUGUGUUAGUGAAGUGUGUGAAAUGGAGGUGUGUGUGUGUGUGUGUGUGUGAAACGGCUGGAAGAUAAAACUCACUAACAGGACUUCAGUUCAGGGAUUCGAUGAAGACUCAACGUGAACGAAAGCUUUAUUUUAUUUGAGGAAUUUUCUUUUUUUUGUUCGACGUGUGUGUGUGUGUUGUGUUGUAUUUUUUUUGGUCUGUGUUUACUGUUGUUAGUUGCAUGAUUUCUUUUACAUUGUCUAUAAAAUAAAAUGGAAGUUGAAAGUG